CGACCCGGAAGUUCCCACCCGGCGGAGCUGGUCGCCUGUUCGACGACCCUCCGGCCGAUCUCGUCCCACCGCCUCUGCGAGGGCUGCCGCUGCCGGACUGGCCAUGGACGACACGCUGUUCCAGUUGAAGUUCACAGCGAAGCAGCUGGAGAAACUGGCCAAGAAGGCGGAGAAGGACUCGAAGGCAGAGCAGGCCAAAGUGAAGAAGGCCCUGCAGCAGAAGAACGUGGAGUGUGCCCGCGUGUACGCAGAGAAUGCCAUUCGCAAGAAGAACGAAGGCGUGAACUGGCUCCGCAUGGCGUCCCGUGUGGAUGCCGUGGCCUCCAAGGUGCAGACAGCUGUGACCAUGAAGGGGGUGACCAAGAACAUGGCGCAGGUGACCAAAGCCCUGGACCGGGCGCUCAGCAGCAUGGACUUGCAGAAGGUGUCUGCGGUGAUGGACAGGUUCGAGCAGCAGGUGCAGAACCUGGACGUGCACACCUCGGUGAUGGAGGACUCCGUGAGCUCGGCCACCACGCUGACCACGCCGCAGGAGCAGGUGGACAGCCUCAUUGUGCAGAUCGCUGAGGAGAACGGCCUGGAGGUGCUGGACCAGCUCAGCCAGCUGCCCGAGGGCGCCUCGGCCGUGGGCGAGAGCUCCGUGCGCAGCCAGGAGGACCAGCUGUCGCGCAGGUUGGCCGCCCUGAGGAAUUAGAGCCGGGCGGGGAGCUGCCGUGUCCCCCGCAUCUCGCCUCUGGGCUGACCCUGCGGCAGCGGCAGCCCCCGCCGUGCCCGGCAUCUCUUGCCUGCCAAGCCUAAAACCUCCUGUCCUCUUAGGCUGGUGGUGGGUGAGUUUGCACAGACUUCUGACUUUUCGUGGGUAAUUUCUGUGACUCUUGGCCAAGCAGCUGGCGGAUCAGCAGGCUUCUUCUGCGCCCAACUCUGCGAGGACGUCUUGUGACGGCGCGUGUGCUGCCGGCCAGCGACCAGUGGGGGGUCGGGGUCCCUGUGCCAGACAGCACCUGCAGCCCUCCCAGCAGCAGGCAAGGGCUCCCCCGCCCUGGGACAGACGCGGGCCCAGGCCCCAGGACACGUGCAGGGCGCCCUCGAGCCCCCGCCCCCAGCAUUCCCCGUGCUGCCUUUGCAGGGCGUCGCGGGGGUCAGGCCCUGCCCCCCAACCAGGA